AAGUAAUUUUCCACAAGACUUUGAACUUUUCGUAUCGGAAAAGAUCCAAAAAUAAAAACAGAGACAAUUCAUCAUCAAUACCGAUAAAAACUCAUUGAUUUUCAAUGAUACUUGUUGCUUUAUAUAACAUGUACUUUGAAUGACAAUAACAGAUUACGAGAUUUUCAUGUAAAACCUAAUUAGAGAAGUGAAGAAGAAGAAGAAGAAAUCAAGUUGGGUAUCAAGUAGAAAGUCACUUCCUUUUUUCUCUCUCUCUGUAUGAAAAAUUCAAUGCUGGUAUCAGAUUUUGUUGAUGGAAAUAUGGUUCAUCUUGUUCUUUUAAGAAAACUUCCUUAAACAUGUACACAAAAGUUGUUGACAUUUAAUUAAAGGGAACACAAGGAUUCAUUUAUGUCUGGAACCCACUUCUGCAGUCCGAUGAACAACAAAGGGUUUGUCAUGUUUCUUAGUUCUAUCUGGGUUUUCGUCACCACGUAUACAUUUUUUCUGGGAAAAUUCAUAAUCAGAUAUUUCUUCAGAUUUAAUGUUGGAGACGGUGUUCGGAAACAGAAAUCGGACUAUUUUCCUGUUCUUCAACAUAAAAUCAAUAAUCAGAUUGAUGAAUCAGAGUCAGACAGUUCAGAACCAAAAAUUGAACCGGAAGUUUGCAGUCUUCGACAGGAAAUCAGUAACCAGAUUGAUGAACAGAAACUUGAACCCGAAGUUUUGAGUCUUCAACAGGGAAUCAAUAACCAGAUUGAUGAUGAUUUAGAUGGUUCAGAACAGAAACUUGAAUCUGAAGUUCUCAAUUUCCUGGAUACAGAGUAUGUUGCUGAUGAUGAUUUAGAUGUUUCAGAACAGAAACUUGAAUCUGAAGUUCUCAAUUUUCUGGGUACAGAGUGUGUUGAGGAUGAUGAGGUUAAUGAAAAAGAGACACCAAAAUUCAGUUUCAAAUUUCAGUUUCCAAUUUAUGAAGAAACCAGAGGGGAAACCAACGAGGAAACUGAAGAAGAAGAAGAAGAACCAGAAGUUAGCCCUAACAGUAGUUUAAUCCCAAUGAACACAAAUACUAGUAAGUAUGAGUUCUUACCUGGUCAGAAUAUUAGUAGAUUCAUUCAAGAACCGAAAGUUAUGAACUUUACUGUUAAUCAAUUAUAUAAUGAUGGUUUGAUUGAAGAAAACAAUGAUGAUGAUUUUCAUGGUGGGUCCUUAGACAAAACCUUUAUUAAACCCUAUUUGAAAAUAGAAAAUUCUGUUGAUGAAAUUCUGGAUGACGACUCUUGCAGUAGACAGAAUUAUGAGAAAACAGAAUCUGUAAAACCAACUGAAGUACAGCUUUCUGAAAAGGAACAAUUAGUGGGCUUAGAAAGUACUAAUUUUGAUGGAGCAGAGAGUUUGACAGAGGAAGAGGAAAUUAUUGGUUCUGAUUUCGAUAGAGAUUCGGAUUCGGACUCGGCUGAAUUCGGCGAGACUAUGCUGGAAGCAAUGGAAGAUAUUCAGAAUUCUUCUGAUGCAAUACAUGCUGAGACCUCAGAAACUAUGGACCCAGGAUUGAAUGAAUGUCCUGAAGUAAAUGAUUUGCAGAAUUCAAGUAUUCUGGGGACAGAAUUUCUAACUGUAAGUGAAUUUGAUGUAAAAGAACAAGAACCAAACUUAGAAGAAUGCAAUGGAAAAAUGAAGAAUCUAUUGAAUGACUCCGGAAAUUCUAAAGAGCAGAGUUUGCAGAAAUCGAUAUGGCCCGAUACUGAAGAGGCGGAUGAGUUCGAGUCCCUUUGGGAGCAUCAGGAGCUAAUAGAGCAGCUGAAAAUGGAGAUAAAGAAAGUUAGAGCUACAGGACUUCCAACAAUUUUUGAAGAAUCCGAGGAGUCCCCUAAGGUGGUUGAAGAUCUUAAGCCAUGGAAGAUUGAUGAAAAGCUUUUACACGAAGAUCGAAUUGGCGAGCUCCACAAUUUCUAUAAAAUCUAUACAGAGAGGAUGAGGAAAUUCGAUAUCUUGAAUUAUCAGAAGAUGUAUGCAAUAGGUUUUCUUCAGCUAAAAGACCCACUUCAAACAAUGUCUUUGCAGAAAUCUACUACGCCAACACUCACAUCAGUACUCUCACAAAGCUUUGGAUUAUCAAAGCGUAUUAAACCAGAAGGAGAAUCAAUGGAAAAAUUCAUUAAAGAGUUGAAAGGAGAAUUAGAAGUAGUUUAUGUUGGACAACUUUGUCUGUCAUGGGAAUACCUGCAUUGGCAAUAUCUUAAGGCUAGAGAGUUGUUGGAAUCUGACCAAUACGAAGUUCGUCGAUACAAUGAAGUGGCAGGAGAAUUUCAACAGUUUCAAGUUCUCAUUCAAAGAUUCCUAGAGGAUGAGCCCUUUCAAGGACCAAGGGUUCAAAACUACAUAAAAAAUCGAUGUGUUCUUCGUAACCUACUUCAAGUUCCAGUUGUUAAAGAGGAUUCAAAGGAUAAAGAUGGAACAAGAAGAAAAGAUGCCAUCACAUGCUCAAUGUUGUUACAAAUCAUUGAAGAAUCAAUGAAAAUAUUGUGGAAGUUUCUUCGAGCUGAUAGGAAUGAAGGAAAUAUGAUCUUAAAGGGACUAUUAGGACCUCAGAUUAAGCUCCAUGACCCCGGAGAUGCAGAGCUUUUGGUUGAUGUUCAAACAACUCUUCAAAAGAAGGAUAAGAAGCUCAAAGAAAUAAUGAGAAUCGGAAAUUGCAUAGUCAGGAAGUUCCAAAAGCAAAAUGAAGAACACUCGAGUCAAGCUGUGUUCCAUUCUCAAGUUGAUCUUAAACUAGUCGCUAGGGUGCUACAUAUGUCAAAAAUAACUAAUGAUCAAUUAGUAUGGUGUCGUAGGAAGUUAAAUAAUAUCACUCUCGUAGAUAGGAAGAUUCAUUUAGAAUCCUCGUUUUUGCCUUUUCCUUGUUAAAAAGAACUUCACUGAUAUAUCAGUUUAUCCUCCCGUAUACAUGUAACUAAGUUUGAAUACAGUAAUUAGAACAGUUGUAGAGAUGAGCAUCUUACAGUUUUGUUAA